CUUAGUCAACUGAGCUGCUUCACGCUGUUUAGCUAACGUAGCAAAAGAAAGUCGCAUGCGAAAGAAAAGAAACGAACAUGCCUAAUUACAUAUAUCUCCAACUUAAUAACGACGAAAUAUACCCUGCGGGGCAAGCACAUCUCAAUCCAGAUAUGCCUCUUCAAUCGAUGAACCAUUGAGAAUCUCGGCACCAUGAUUCCGAUGCGUCCCGGCCCCCACACAGUUACCCCAACGCUGUAACAAUCCACCAAUCCCCGCAUAUGGAACGGGUAACACGGACUAGCAUAGCAAGCUGAAGGAGGGGCUGAGAACAUUCAGCUCUGAGAUUGAUAUACUCGUCACUCAGUCGAUAUCUCUCGCCCUACCCCUUUUCACUCCCAGUGACAUCUCACCAACUCGUCAAAGGAACAAAAGAGCAACGAUGUCGAAAAUAACCCCUGGGCGCAUCCCACUCCCUGUGGUAAACAACCCAGAGAAGAUACAGCUCAACCGCCUCAGUCAUGUUUACCACUUGCACCCUGACAUCGACAAAUUCGAAGCUUUCGCAAAGGAUUUCGGAUUCGUCGAGGCUUCGCGCGACAGAGAUACUGUCUACUACCGUGGCUACGGCAGAGAUAUGUGCGCGUACGUCGCGAACAAAAGCCACGAUGGAGAACGGCACUUUGACGGUGCUGCGUUCAUCGCGGAGACGAAGGAGGACCUUAUCAAGGCAUCGAAAUUAGAGGGGGCAACUCCUAUCGCCCCUUACACCGGCCCUGGCGGUGGAGAGAUCGUCACGAUCCAGUCGCCAUCAGAGACGAAGAUUCAUGUGCUUUGGGGAGUGGAGGAGCGUCCGGCGCCGAAGCAGGCAGCGACCGCGACGGAGGUGCACAAAGGCGCUUAUAAUACCGCGCUGCAGAAGUUCAGAAAGGGCGAAUUCCAACGCUUCAAACUUGGUCCUGCCAUGAUCCAUAAACUCGGGCAUGUCGGCUAUAUAACUUCCAUGUUCGACGAAGAUGUCGCAUUCUACACUCAAAAUUUCAACUUUGUCCCCUCGGACGUUCUCUGGGAGGAGGUCAACGGCCAGGAAAUCGACGCCUUGACGUUCAUGCACCUGGACCGUGGCAAGGAGUACACGGACCACCACACUCUCUUCCUCUCCCGCGCGCCACCGGAAUUCCAAGGCAAGCAUAGGAUGCACCACUGCUCGUUUGAAGUGGAAGACUUUGAUACGCAGUUGCUAGGCCAUGAGUACCUGUUGAGCAAGAAGUGGACACCGAUUUGGGGUGUUGGGCGACACAUUUUGGGUUCUCAGAUUUUUGAUUAUUGGAAGGAUCCGAGUGGUUUUGCGAUUGAGCAUUAUGCUGACGGUGAUCUUGUGAAUGUGGAUAAUAAGACGGGGCGGGAGAAGAGCGAAGGGGCUGCAUCGAUGUACAUUUGGGGACCUGUAAGACCAGAGGCCGGCGUUGCGUAAUUGUGAGGCCCACUGUCCUUCUGUCCGCAAUAAUAUGCACUAAUUCUCAAUCUGGCUUCCUCUUUCCCAUUUUUCCGCUUUGUAAGGAUCCCCAUCUCCAUAUUGGACCAGGAAGUAGAUAUGAUCCCUCGCAUCAUGGGGUUUUGUCGUCUAUGGUCUUUCGCGGAGCCUUGCAUCCGAGUGUCUUGGCGCGGGAAGUUAGCAGCCGAGCUUCGUGGCUUUCCGCAUUUGGGACAGUGAUAGCACAUUAUUUUAGUGGAUCUCGGACAUUUACUCAGUGGCUUGGUAUUUUGA